AUGGUGGCCCAUUCUAGAAUUCUUCUCUCUAAGUGUUCCGAGUUCCGUAGAGAAGGUGAAUUUAUCGACGUACGUUUAAAAGUGGGUGAUACACUUUUCCCAGCUCACCGAGUUGUUCUUGCGUCGUAUAGCGAUUAUUUCCGCACCAUAUUUACUGAUGGGAAAGAAGCGAACCAGGAACUGAUCGAACUGAAAGAUGAAAGCAUUUCACCGGAGAUUUUCAAGAUCGUUAUGGACUCCAUCUACAGUGGUGACCUUCAUGUCAACCAGAAGAGCGUAUUUGAGGUUCUUCUCACAGCUAGUCAGCUUCAAAUCGCGAGUGUUGUUCAACUGUGUUGUGAUUUCCUAAAGAAGGAGUUCAUAGAAAAUGGAAUUGACCUGAAGAUAUACUCCGUGCUGUGUGCAGUCGCAGAAACACUCGGUCUGACAAAUCUGCAAGAGGCCGCAGAGGCCAAGAUGGCAUCCAUUUACAAAGAUGUUUGCGAAAGUAAAGAAUUCCUAACUCAUAUAAAUGCAGAUCAACUACACAGCCUUCUUGGUCGAGACGAUCUCAAUUCACCCUCUGAAGCUUUCGUCUUCAAAUCAGUGAUGAAGUGGAUCAAAUACAAAGGGGAAGAGAGGAUGCCAGUUGCUGGAAAAGUUAUCGGAGCUGUUCGUCUAGGGCUAGUAGACGUGAAGAUAGUGAUUGAAGAGUUGAAAACAGAAGAAAUGCAGCGAGUUCCCGAGGUAAACAUACAUCUGCAAGAAUCCAUGAUGCAUCACUGUAUGCCUUCACAUGAAUUUGCUGCAGGGAAAAUGAAACCAAGAUCAAUGUGUCCGGUAAGAAUUUAAUUCAAGUCCUUUUACAUUUGUCUGUUUAUGUAAAAAUUGCAUUAUUGUUCAUGGCAUACCCUGAUCACUCGACUAAGGAGAGCCCGGUUUCAUAGACUCUCAUGACGUUGACUUAGUCUCAUUAUUGUUGCCCAGUAUUUCCGAUUGUGUCGGUGUAGAAAAUGUGAAAUCUUUUCGGCCGUGAGCGUUAAUGUAAUGCAUGAAAGAUCUUCCCUUUCUAGGAGAAAUUGUUAGGUUACCUUAUUCAGAGUUUUAAUCGGUUCUUUGAGUUACACUCUCUUUAAACCGGCAAUUGGGUAAUGCAAUGAAGUCGCUCUGCCUACCACAUGAGUCCUGUGGAUGGAGACGAAAAACUUCUUAUUUAAAUUCGUAACACACCUUCUCCAUUGCAAAAUAUUACAACUAAAUUUAUCCAUUUGACGAUGAUUCUUAACAAUGACAGGGCUUUUAAGGUUUGCAAUGAACGGUCUUUUCUCUUGUGCAUGUAUUUUCAUGUGCCUCGCCGCUACCACAGUGGUUUGCGAUGAAUAAAUAUUACGCGCUUCCAUGCAUUUCCUUCCUAGAAAAACCGUUGGGGUCACAUUCUAGACGUUACCGACUAGGAUUUCUUUAAUCAAUAACUAUGGAUUCCAAGUUAACCGAUCAUGGAGCGAUCUUUUGCAAUGGAACACUGAAUUUUUAACAAUCAUAUCAUUUUUUCCCAGCUUUAACCAAAGCCUCGUCCAGCAUAAGGAUUUCGAUAUCACUUGCGUGCGUCAACGAGGUCAUUUUCAUUGCAAGUUUUUUUUUUAUUUGAGGUUCUCGUGGCCAUCCAUCCUACUCGAGAUUCAAAAAGAGGAACACUGGAAAAGGAGCGAAAGACCAGAGGCAAAAUAGAGGAGGAAAGAGGUAACGAAGACGCUUUGGCUCAAUAUUUUGAUGUUGACACCAAACUGUGGAAGCCUUUGGCAUCGGUUGAUCGGCUGGGUGAAAUAACUGAUGAAUGUCAUUCUGCAGAAUUGAUUGGAAAUUACCUGUAUGUAGUCACAGAGGCGCAACAGCGACAGGGGUGCCAUGAAUAUGUUGUAUACCGUUAUCACAUAUUAAAUAACACGUGGGAGAAACUUGCAAAGUUGAAUAUAAGGGAACGCAAAGACGAAUCGCGCAGCCCGGCUAAAAUCUGCGUAUGCUCAGUCAGUGAAUAUUUGUAUGUCAUAACUCAAUCAAAUCCUCCUCAAAGGUACGAUUUGAGCAAUAACGUUUGGCAAGCUGGGGAAGAGUUGAAUUUUCCCCGGCAUGAAGGAAUUUUCCAUUCUGUUGCGGCGACAGUCAUGAAUUGUAAAAUAUAUAUAAUUCAUGGUUGUAAAGAUCGUGAGAAUGUCACCAAACCAGCGGUAGUUCAUUGUUUUGACCCAGAGAAAAAUGAAUGGGAACGUAAAGCUUCGACCUGCCAUCCUCAUUUUGAGUCUAGUAUUUUUGUAGUCAAUAACAGACUAUGUGUGGCAGGGGGUUUCAAUUCAAGCAGUGGUUCUUUAUCUUCACUUUUGGGAUUGGGGGGCAGUCCACCUGUGGAAUUAUAUGACAAACGUAAGGACACCUGGUCUGUUGUGGAGCAGAAACUUAUCCCGCACAACAACUUAGGUGCGUUUAAAAUUGAAAGGAGGGUGUAUUUCUUGAUUAACAACUUUCCUAUUGAUAGUGGUAUUAGAAUUCCUCCUGAGGAAAAUUAUCCUGUCCACCUAGGUGAAUGGGAAAACUUAGCAAAAGUGAGUAAAAACGCAGUCUUGUGUUAUUUGCCUGUCAAGAAAGAAAACUUAAGAUAA